UGGUAUCUCAUUAAGUAUUUUGCCCAAGGUCACAAAAGUAGUAAGUAUUGGAAAUGGACCUCAAACCCAAGCCACAUGGCUCCUGGUCUGGGGCCUAACCACUACAUUUGACAAUCCUUGCUCUACUGACAAAAGUUUCAGUGUGAGCAAAACCAGACCUAGAUCCUGCUUUCUUGGAGCUUACCACCAAACUGGGGAGAUAGAUAUUUAUGUAAUGACUAUUCAAAUAGAAAAUUACAACUACAAAAACACCUAAAAGAACAAAUAAUAGGGAGAUGUGACCAAGUCAGGACAUUUCCCCUGAGGAAAUGAAGAUUGAGUUUACAUUUGGAGAAAAAGUGAUGUUAGCUAAGCAAAUGGGGAAGACAGCAGAGCAUGUCAGGGCAGGGGACCACUCAAAGACUAGGCAGGAAGGAACAUUGUACCUCUGCAUUUUUAUCAUCUUUUCUCUUUUCAUUUAUUCACUCAAUUGCCCUUACACAAAUUAAGGUGGCCAACUCAUCCUGGUUUGACAGGACAAUUGGUUACCCUACCUUGAACUGAUCCAGAGUGGAAUAUGCCCAAGACCUUGGAACCACUUUAGGGAAGUAAGCCCCCAUAUCCCCAGAGGAUUCCAGUACAAAUGGAAAGCUCUUCUGAACGGCAUACUUUUUCAUAAUCAGAUUUCUUGAAAGAAAAAAAAAAUUCUAACUUAGCCAGGGGAGUACAGCCUAAGAAGAAACUUUGGAGGAAAAAAAAAAACUUUCCCGCAAGAAAACACAGCCUCUAUUUACAUUCUUUACUGGAAUCCACAAAAGGAGAAGCUGUAGUCUAAGGCUACAGGAUGGCCAGCAAAAUCAGGCCAAAAGAGACAAAGAAAACAGAAUAAAUCAGAUUUCUGAAAAUGGCUUUCCUUCCAUAUCUUAUCUCAUCACCUUAUAUGACAACAAAAUGGUGAAAAGAAGAAAGCAAAAAUAAACAAACAAAAAGAACAGGUGAAACAGGAAUGCAAAAGAGAAUGGGAAGAUGGCAACCUCCUAAAGAGUCAUUUGGAAGGAGAUCUCGAGCUGCUGAAACAAAGGAAACAUCACAGGAGACAAGAACCAGAUUUCUGCUCUUUAAAGAAGAAACCAAUAAGGGCUGUCAGAUUCGGCUCAAUCACUCAGACACGUUGCAGCAGUGCGGCUUCAACUCCUCUCUGCCUCUGGUGAUGAUAGUCCACGGGUGGUUGAUGGAAGCCUCGCUGGAAAACUGGAUCUGGCAGAUGGUGGCCGCGCUGAAGUCUCAGGUGGCCCGACCAGUCAACGUGGGGCUGGCAGAAUGGGUCACCCUGGCCCACACCCACUACUCCAUCGCUGUCCGCAACACCCGCCUCGUCGGCCAGGAGAUCGCGGCCCUUCUCCAGUGGCUGGAGGAAUCUGCUCACUUUUCUCCAAGCAAUGUUCAUCUAAUUGGGUACAGCCUGGGUGCACACGUCUCAGGAUUCGCCGGCAGUUACAUGAGCAGAAAGCACAAGAUUGGGAGAAUUACAGGGCUGGAUGCUGCGGGCCUUUUGUUUAAAAGAGCUUCCCCCAGUGACCGGCUUUCACCAGAUGAUGCCAAUUUCGUGGACGCCAUUCACACCUUUACCCAGGAACACAUGGGCCUGAGUGUGGGCAUCAAACAGCCCAUAGCCCACUAUGACUUCUACCCCAAUGGGGGCUCCUACCAGCCUGGAUGCCACUUCCUAGAGCUCUACAAACAUAUUGCCAAGCACGGCUUAAAUGCCAUCACCCAGACCAUCAAAUGUGCCCACGAGCGGUCGGUGCACCUCUUCAUCGACUCCUUGCUGCACGCUGACAUGCAGAGCACGGCCUACCCGUGCAGGGACAUGGACAGCUUCAGCCAGGGCCUGUGCCUGAGCUGCAAAAAGGGCCGCUGCAACACGCUGGGCUACUAUGCCCGCCAGGAGCCGCAAAGCAAGAAGAGCAAGAGCCUCUUCCUGGUGACUCGAGCCCAAUCCCCGUUCAAAGUUUAUCAUUACCAGUUGAAGAUUCAGUUCAGCAACGAAAUUGAGAAACCAGUAGAACCAACUUUUGCCAUGUCACUCCUCGGAACAAAAGAGGAAAUGCAGAAAAUCGCCAUCACUCUGAACAAAGGAAUUACUAGUAAUAAAACCUAUUCCUUUCUUAUCACAUUGGAUUUGGAUAUUGGUGAGCCGAUCAUGAUCAAGUUCAAGUGGGAAAACAGUAUGGUGUGGUCCAAUGUCUGGAACACGGUCCAAACCAUCAUCCCCUGGAGAAGAGAGUCCCUUCACUCGGGCCUUGUUCUGAAGAGCAUCAGAGUCAAAGCGGGAGAGACACAGCAAAGAAUGACAUUUUGCUCAGAAAACAUGAACGAUCUACAGCUUCACCCAACCCAGGAGAAAACCUUUGUGAGAUGUGAAUCAAACUCUAAAAAACUGAAGCGAAAGAUCAGAUGAGCUUUAAUGAAGACCCAGUGUGAAGAAUAAAUGAUUUUAUUCCUUAUCUGGAAUUGUCACCUUGUUUGAAAACCAAAGUUAUAUAAAGAAACUUGUAUAAAGCUUUAAUAGAUUUAAAGGGUAGCACAUUUCACUGUUAUAAACUCACCUUUUUAAAACUAUGUGAUGUAACUAUGUUCAAAUAUUAGUGUAACCAAAAAUUUCCCAAUUUUAUGCCUGACUGAAUGGUAAUAUAUGCAAAUAAGUACAAAUGUAAGAGCCAUUUUAGAUCCGUUGUUCUAAUUUAAAAUGUCUUUUACAAUUAAGUCAAAUUUCCCAUAUUUCCUUGCUAGUUUGUUCUGUUCAGUUUUUUGAAGCAUGCUGGAAAGAUACUUCUUUAUUAUAUAACUAACAUUUCCAUAAAGUGAAAUUCCGAUUAAUCACAGUUGUGUGUCCCAAAGUACACACCUUUUAAGACCAUUCAGCUCACCAAAAGAAGAAAAAUUCUACUUAAACUAAAAGUUACCAUCAUACGAAUCAUACAGUUAUUUCAUUGAACCAAACCAAUUGUAGUAGAAUUCUCCUAAAACUACUGAUGAUAACCAUGAAAGCUGAAGAGUUGGUCGUUUUAAUGAUUAAAUUACUACUGAAGUACAAUUUUCCUCUUUUACUAAUGCUUGCCACAAAAGCUAAUGGAAAACUUGGAAUAUCUCAAAGACUUAGAUACCAAAUCUCAAAGGGACCAAUAAACAAAUUAAUGAUGUUUUGACCAGCAAACUCCAUCACAGAGCAUGUGAAGGAAAUAUGAGAUACAUCCCUUGGAUGUAAAUCCCUUGGAUCUGUGUGUCAAGUAAUUCAGAGAGGAGGAGCACACUAUACACAUUCAACAACCUCACCCGACACUGGCAUAGCCUCAGCUCUAUACAGCUCAUAAUUCAUAUGCUCUUCACCAGAGCAGGGCCCCUGGAAACCAAAGUCCUGAAGACAUACCUGCCUCUGAUGAAAUCAAUUUAAGAGGAUCUUGCAUGAUUCACUUUUAUUUCCCUUGGAAAGACCCGCGAAACUAAAGGAUACGGGGGAAGAAGGACAGCUGGGUCAAGGCUGUACUGUGUCCUGCAUACUAAUCUUGACUACAAAAGCACCUGACCGCCCUUUUAGGUAUUGUGUGUGUGUGUGUCUAGAAAUUACAGAUAUUAAAAUGAACACUGUUUCCCAUCAUGUCUAAUAUACUAAGAUUUACAAUAAAGUCAUGUUUGUGUCA